UCUUUUACUAUACGCGCAGCUUGCUUAAGCAACGUCUUUAAAGACGUUGAAAUCUACACACAAUACCAUGCGCGUUUUUCCAUACAAUGCUUUAAAUAUUUCCAUAUACAAACCACAAAAUAUAACAUACAAAGAAUAUACCGUAUAUUGAAUGUUUACCACCAUAUUGUUGGUGUGCUGGACUAAACUCUAGUUGAAUCGUACAUUUUAAGUAAACAAAAAGCAAAGCAGCCACAAUUUGUUCGAACAAAAAAAAAUAUAUAGAAAUUAUUGAAAAGCAAAAAAAACGAUUCCGCAAUAUCGAUCUGUGUCACAUUUACAAGGAGGAUGGCAGUCACUGACCCUCUUCCCACUUCUGCUAGUGACCCAGCUGGUGAGCUCCAAAGUGACGCGUCCUGAGCUGGUUAAGUGCUGGGCAGUGACGACACAGGAGGAUCUUUCUAAAUGUGAACUAAUGCAAAUACCAGAUGCAGUCUAUCACCUAAUGCGAAACACAGAGUUGCAAACCUGCAACCUUAGUGGCAACGUUUUAAAGAGUGUCUCACCGAAGUUUUCGCAAAAGUUCAGUAUGAUUACAGAUCUUAAUCUUUCACAUAACAAACUGACGAGGCUACCAGAGGAAUUCAACAAUUUGACGAGAUUAACUAUGCUGAAUAUAUCUCACAACUCCUUUAUCGUCUUACCUCAGGUAGUGUUUAAGCUACAGAGUCUUGCCCAUUUGGAUGCUCAACACAAUGCUAUAUUAGAGAUCGAUACUGAAGAGUCCAUUUCCAGUGCCUGCCUGGCUUUGGUAGAUCUUCGGUAUAACCCACUAAGCAGAAAUUUUCGGCGAAAGCUGCAGGACUUUCAAACGUCGUUCCGCCUUGAGAUUUCCAACAACGUUGAAGACGACUGGUAGUACGCGUGUGCCUAGCUAUUAACAAAGAACAUCAACUAAUCUAUACAGCUCUUGAAAUUUUUUUAUAGCUCCUAAAAUUGUAUAUUUAAAAAAAUACAUUAGUUUAUAUAACAUUUUCGACUAUCCGUCAUUUAAUUUCCAAUAAAAAAAUUUGAAUUAAA